GGUAGUUGAAUUGAACCGUUGGACAUAUAGACGGAGAACCAAAAAAAAGAAAAGUUUAAUCAAAAAAGAAAAAAAAAACAGAGCCAGACGAAAACAGAGCUCUGGGGUAAUGGCGAAACAGAAGCUUUGAAUUCAGUCUUGAUCAUGGCAGUGAGGGAAAGAAAUUUAAAAUAGAUAUAAAAAAAAAUUGAGUUUAGAUUUUUUUUGUCUCUGCUGCCUUCUUCUUCUUCUUUUUUCUCCUCUUCAUCUCAUAAACCCUCCCCUUUUUCUUUCUAUUCUUCUCAAUAACCAAUUAACAAGAAACCCUAAAGAUGAAAAAUUGUGAACAUUUGAUGAUACAAGAUUAUCAGAAUUAGGGUUUCUUUAGUUGAAAAACCUGGCGAUUUUGAAUAGUAAAGGGUUGUUGAUUCACGGAGCAAAGAACAAAUACUAUUGCAAUCAUUGCUAUCCUUAUAACAAAGAAUAUUAUUUCUGGAAAAGAUGGGGAGUCAAUGGAAUCCAAAUGCUGGAUUCCAACUCCUUAUUAGAAUGUCAAUGUUUCUUCUUUUGAUUCUUCUUUUACACAUUCAUCAAUGCCGGUCGCUUAAUCUUGAAGGAGCUGCAUUAUUAGAAUUCAGGGCAAAUGUCACUAAGGAUCCUUAUGGUGUCUUAGAGAGUUGGAAUCCUAAUGAUACUAAUCCAUGUACGUGGAUUGGUGUCCGCUGCGUGAACGGCGAAGUUCGCAUGCUGGAUUUAAAUGGUUUCUCCUUGGAAGGCACGUUGGCACCCGAACUUGGGAAUCUUGGUAACUUAAGAUCUCUAAUUCUACAAAAGAAUCAGUUCACAGGAUACAUCCCUAAAGAGUUUGGAGGGCUUAAGAAUCUGGAAAUAUUGGACUUACGGGCUAAUAACUUAGAGGGAACAAUCCCAAUCGAAAUAGGCCAAUUGCAGUCACUGAAGCAGUUACUACUUUGCAACAAUAAAUUCCAAGGCAGUAUUCCUCAAGAGGUUGGGAAACUGAAUAUGUUAUCUGAAGUACAAUUUGACGAAGGUCUUACUCUUGCUUCUGGUUCUGGCAUCAGCUGCCCGCAUAGAAAAUUUGGACACUGCAUUUGGCAGAACAGCUUGAAGCAGCUGAAGAAGGCAGAUUACUCUUCCAGGAGUCCACUCAAAGGAAAUCUCUUACAUUAUCUCAAUGUAUUGCCACUCUUUUACUUGAGAAAAGGCCCGUCGCAUGUCCCUGUAAGAAGAUGUUGUAACAAUCUACCAAGUUCAAGUGAACAACUAAUUGAGCGACGUGUAACUCAUAUCGCACAUUUUGUACACCGGAAACUGCUUCAAGUACCCAGUAACCUCCCUGCUUCACCAGCAGGCAAUGUUAACUCGGCUGACCAAGCAGCUGAAGUUCCAUUUACCCGGAGUAGUGGAGCUUUCCCCGCCAUACCGAAUGGCAAGAAGAAACAUCCGCCUCCACCUUCACAAACUUCUCCCGGUGAUGAUCCCGACAAAAAACCUCCUAGCACACUAAACGCCAAUGCAGCCCAAAAGCCAACUGAAAAUCAAUCUUGGAAGACAAUGAAGUAUAUUUACGUGAUUCCAGGUGUCGCAUUCCUUGUAACUGUUGCUGUAGCCAUGCUCUGCAUGUGUCGGAAACCAGGAGAGACCACCAUAGGCCCUUGGAAAAGUGGACUUAGUGGCCAGCUGCAGAAAGCAUUUGUCACGGGGGCACCCAAGCUGAAUCGUUCAGAGCUAGAAACUGCCUGUGAGGAUUUCAGCAAUAUUAUUGACACCCUUGAUGACUGCACAAUAUUUAAGGGAACAUUGUCGAGUGGAGUUGAAAUUGCAGUUGCUUCGACCCUAAUUCCAUCCUUUAAAGAUUGGAAGGAUAGCUCAGAAAUGGCCUACAGGAGGAAGAUUGAUACACUGUCACGAGUGAACCACAAGAAUUAUGUCAAUCUACUAGGUUUCUGUGAGGAGGAUGAACCUUUCCUCAGGAUGAUGGUGUUUGAAUAUGCUCCAAAUGGGACACUUCAUGAGCACCUGCACGUUAAAGAAGUUGAACAUCUCGACUGGAACGCAAGGGUUAGAAUUAUCAUGGGAACAGCCUAUUGCCUUCAAUACAUGCACCAUGAACUGAACCCACCUAUAGCACACCCCAAUCUGCAGUCACAAGCUAUUUACUUGACAGAUGAUUAUGCUGCAAAGAUUGGAGACAUCAGCUUCGGUACAAAUAUUGCCCCCAAAGCAACAAGUCCAAAGGAAGAGUCAAAACAUGCUAAGCUCCCUCCAUUAGCUGACCCUGAAAGUAAUGUCUACAGUUUUGGUUUACUGUUGCUAGAAAUCAUCUCUGGAAAGCUCCCUAGCACUGAAGAACAUGGAUCACUCAUCAAAUGGGCUUCUGAAUACAUAAAUGACCAAGAAAAAAUGAACUCCUUAGUUGACCCCACACUCAAGUCAGUCAAGAACAACGAGCUCGAAAUCAUUUGUGAGAUCAUCCAGGACUGCACCCAUGAGGAUCCAAAGAAGCGACCAACAAUGAAAGAGGUCAUCACUAAACUGAGAGAAGUAAUUUCUAUCUCACCUGAUGCUGCUACCCCAAGACUUUCUCCACUCUGGUGGGCCGAACUUGAAAUCCUUUCCGUGGAGGCAACUUAAUAUCUCUGGCUCCAGUUCUUUCUUUGUAAGUCAAGUGUCUCUUCUAUUUUCCCCACCUAGCUCUUAUAUGCAAAAGAUCUGCUGUGUAAUCCAUGUCUGGAUACGUGUAUAUUCUGCCAGGUUUUCUGUAUCCUAGUUUGGUAUCUCUCUGUCUCUAUAUGGCUAUGAUGUUCCAUAUACUUGUUUCCUUUGUUUUUUCCUCCGUUUCUCCGCUGGCUGUCACAAUAAAAGUGUGAUGAAUACUUUCACACCCGGGUGCAUCCACCCUAAUGUAUACUAGAGGUCUCUACGCCAUAUGAUAUAGACUGAGAUAUGAAGAUUACAUAUUACAGGGUGUCUCUCACUCGUUCUGUAGUAAAUAUCUUAUACUUGUAAACGAUUCUUAUAAAUAGGCUUUUGGGGGCUGUAAAUUCUUUUAAUCCCGCCAAGUUUUGCA